AGCUGUGAGGGCCUGGAGCACGCAGACCUCUCCGGCUUAACGCUCAUCUCGGUGUUUGCAGCACUCUCCACUUCUCUCCCAGGUGACGAGACCCGACGGUUAGAAAUCCGCCAUGUCUAUUUUCAAGAUCCAUGCUACGGAGAUCUUUGACUCUCGUGGGAAUCCCACUGUUGAGGUUGAUCUCUUUACCGCAAACGGUCUAUUCAGAGCUGCUGUGCCCAGUGGUGCUUCAACUGGUAUCUAUGAGGCCCUAGAGCUCCGGGACAAUGAUAAGACUCACUAUAUGGGGAAGGGUGUCUCAAAGGCUGUUGAGCACAUCAAUAAAACUAUUGUGCCUGCCCUGGUUAGCAAGAAACUGAAUGUCACAGAACAAGAGAAGAUUGACAAACUGAUGAUCGAGAUGGAUGGAACAGAAAAUAAAUCUAAGUUAGGUGCGAAUGCCAUUCUGGGUGUGUCCCUCGCCAUCUGCAAAGCCGGUGCUGUUGAGAAGGGAGUCCCUCUGUACCACCACAUCGCCGACUAGGCUGGAAACUCCAAAGUCAUCCUGCCAGUGCUGGCAUUCAAUGUCAUCAAUCGUGGUUCCCAUGCUGGUAACAAGCUGGCCAUGCAGGAGUUCAUGAUCCUCCCAGUGGGUGCUGCAAACUUUAGGGAAGCCAUGCGCAUUGGAGCAGAGGUUUACCACAACCUGAAGAAUGUCAUCAAGGAGAAAUAUGGGAAAGAUGCCACCAAUGUGGGCGAUGAAGGUGGGUUUGCUCCCAACAUCCUGGAGAAUAAGGAAGGCCUGGAGCUGCUGAGGACUGCAAUUGGGAAAGCUGGCUACACUGAUAAGGUGGUCAUCGGCAUGGAUGUGGCGGCCUCCGAGUUCUACAGGUCUGGGAAGUAUGACCUGGACUUCAAGUCUCCUGAUGUCCCCAGCAGGUACAUCUCACCUGACCAGCUGGCUGACCUGUACAAGUCCUUCAUCAAGGACUACCCAGUGGUGUCUAUCGAGGAUCCCUUUGCCCAGGAUGACUGGGGAGCAUGGCAGAAGUUCACAGCCAGUGCAGGAAUCCAGGUGGCUGGGGAUGAUCUCACAGUGACCAACCCAAAGAGGAUUGCCAAGACUGCAAAUGAGAAGUCCUGCAACUGCCUCCUGCUCAAAGUGAACCAGAUUGGCUCCGUGACCGAGUCCCUGCAGGCAUGCAAGUUGGUCCAGGCCAAUGGUUGGGGCGUUAUGGUGUCUCAUCAUUUUGGGGAGACUGAAGAUACCUUCAUCGCUGACCUGGUGGUGGGGCUGUGCACUGGGCAGAUCAAGACUGGUGCGCCUUACCAAUCUGAGCGCUUGGCCAAGUACAACCAGCUCCUCAGAAUUGAAGAGGAGCUGGGCAGCAAGGCUAAGUUUGCUGGCAGGAACUUCAGAAACCCCAUGGCCAAUUGAGCGGUGGGCAGGCCAGCCCUUCAGUCGCCUGUUGGCUGAUUAGGCUCCUCCCCUCGUGUCAGCUCGGGCAGCUCCAGGCCCCCCGACCAACACUUGCAGGGGACCCUGCUAGUUAGCUCCCCUUGCCCACCACCGUGGAGUUCACACUGCUUCCUUAGAACUUCUACAGAAGCCAAGCUCCCUGGAGCCCUCUUGGCAUCCCUAGCUUUGCAGUCACGUAAUUGGCACAAAUCGUUUUUCUCGCCUCGCUUUCCACCAAGUGUCUGGAGCAAUAUGAACCUCCAGUGUCAUCUCUGGGGUGGCCACAGGCAAGAUCCCCAGUGGUUUUGUGCUCAAAAUAAAAGGCAUCAGUGAACCA